CUAGAAAUCUCCAGCGACUAUAGCUGAUUCUAUGCCGCAAUUGUCCACUCCACGCACGAUGCGGAAGAAGCCUUCUUCUCCCCAAUCUUUAUUCCAUGAGUUGGCGAUUGUCCAGUAUUUGGUUCCAUUCUCAACUCCCCAUCCGAUCAUUUUCACAGCGUGUCGGCCUCUCGAUCUACCAGACGUGUGCUGAAAGCAGCAGAGAGUAA